AUGUCAACAUUCGAUAUCUGGGGCUCGGCAGAUCCCUUCAAUGCGAGUAUGCCCGUCAACAGCACUGCCUCCAAUAGCACCUUACCCGGAAGCAAUGCCACUUCGAUCAUAGACCCGGAUCAGCCUGCUGCAUCGCUCAAUGACACCACCACCCCAGACGGGGAUCCUAGUCUGGGCGGCCUGCUUGGCUUGGGCAACGACAGCGUCCUCAACCAAUACUCUGCAGCCGACUUCUUCAUCGGACUCGCUAUCACACUCGGCGCCUCUGUGCUCAACGCCGCAGGCCUGAACCUCACCAAGCUCGACCACGUCCGCAAUGACAUGCUACCGAGAGACAAACGGAGGCCGGACUGGCAAAGGCCGCUCUGGUGGUGUGGACUGAUAGCCUACAUCCUCUCGCAGCUCGUGGGGAGUACGCUCGCUCUCGCCUACCUCCGAGCGGAAUAUGUCGCCCCUCUGGGUUCUGCCUCGCUCAUCUUCAACUUCAUCUUUGCUUCCAUCCUCGUAGGCACCAAAAUCACCAAACUCGACAUCAUCGGCACGGUCACCAUCGUCGUCGGUGUCGUCGGCGUCGUCGCCUUUGGCAACAUACGCAAGACGAGCGAGGACCCAGAGGCGAACCUCGAUCUCGAUAGUCUCAAGGCGCUCUGGGCGAGACCGUCCUGGCUUGUCUAUCUUGUCUGCCUCGAAGCGAUCACGAUCGUGCUCUUCUGGGCAGCAGGCAUCACAGACGACGUGCUCCACGAGAGGGAAGAGAUUGGUGAUAAGCAUGAGCUCGAGACAGAUGGGGAUGACCGUGCGAUAGCCGCCAUGCAAGCAGCGGCGAGAGCGAGAGCUUCGGUACCGGAUACCAGUCUAGUAGCUACACUCCAUCAACGACAGACACAUUUGCGCAGUACGCUCACUCGCAAAGGAAUCAGAUGGAGCCAGUCGCGCUCAGAUGUCAUCGUCAAGAAGCUCGCAGGGAGCAUGUGGGCAGUCUCCGGAGGACUGCUCGCCGGUCAGUCUCUCGUCUUUGCCAAAUCCACUGUCAAGUUGGUGACCAAUGCAAUGAACUCGACCAACGGCAGCCAGUUCAGCUUCCUGACCAUCAUCAUCGCUGUCUUAUUACUCGUCACUGCCGUCGUCCAAGUCUACUGUCUCAAUAAGGGACUGAAAGCAUAUGACAGUACACUCGUGGUGCCCAUCUUCUUUGCCGUCUAUACUGCCUCGGGCUUCAUCAACAGUCUCAUCUACCUCAACGAGACGGGCGUCUACAAAGUCUGGGUCUUCACGUGUAUCUGGCUUUCCAUGCUCGUCCUCGUCAUCGGCGUCGGCAUCUUAUCAAGCAAAAAGCCGGAAACAACGCUAAAGCCGACAGUCGAAGACGACGAGGAAGAAAUGCUGAGAACCGACGGGAUACCCAAAGAUGCGAUACCCCUCACACGCAAAGCUUUCACCAGCGUCAAGUCGACAAUGUCUUAUCUCGGCGAGACGGCGCGCAAUACGACUGCAAACGUCAGAGAUCGACAGCUCCUGCCAGGCAAAAGCAACGGAUACAUACAGACACCAGAGCCAGAAGAGACUGUCUGGGAUUCUCGGGACUUAUCAGACUCGGACGAUGAGCACUCUGGUGGCGACAAAGCAUGGCAGCCUUCUAAAAACGCACUGCGCCGGACGUACGACGAUGUCAAGCCGGGUGAAGAAGAAUUUGGCUCCUUCGUCCAUCAAGAUCAGCUGCUCAACGAGAGUGCCGAACGAGACUCGCUGGAUGGCCUAGACGGCGAGGACGAGCCGCGGCGUCCGUCGUAA